UCCGGUGGUGAGGCUCUGUGUUAGUGUGCAAGCAAUAUUUGGAAACCUAACGUCAAAGUGUGGGAGAGGCUGCUUGAUGGCCCCACCCUCCUCACAGCUGGAGGGAAUUCCAGAGGAGGUGGGCUCGGCAGCCAGUUCUCUGAACUGCUGGACCCAUGAUGCUGCUGCGGCUGCGGCUGCUGUGGAUGUUGAUGAUCUUGGCCUCGGCGGUGGCUGCUCCGGCCCGCGAGGCGGAGAGGCAGAGGCUGCAGGCAGCUCGGGCACCUAACGUGGUGCUGGUCGCCAGCGACUCCUUCGACGGAAGACUAACGUUUCAUCCAGGAAGUCAAGUGGUGAAACUUCCUUUUAUCAACUUCAUGAAAACACACGGCACUUCCUUUCUGAAUGCCUACACAAACUCUCCAAUCUGCUGCCCAUCACGCGCAGCUAUGUGGAGUGGCCUCUUCACUCAUUUAACACAAUCCUGGAAUAAUUUUAAGGGUCUAGACCCAAAUUAUACAACAUGGAUGGAUAUCAUGGAGAAGCAUGGUUACCGAACACAGAAAUUUGGGAAACUGGAUUAUACUUCAGGACAUCACUCUGUUAGUAACCGUGUGGAAGCAUGGACCAGGGAUGUUGCUUUUUCACUCAGGCAAGAAGGCAGGCCGAUGGUUGACCUUAUCCCCGAUAGGACUAAAGUGAGAGUGAUGGAAAAGGACUGGAAGAUUACAGACACGGCAGUUGACUGGUUACGAACAGAAGGAGUUAAUAGCACGAAACCAUUUGUUCUCUAUUUGGGCUUAAAUUUACCACACCCAUACCCUUCACCAUCCUCGGGGGAAAACUUUGGGUCUUCAACAUUUCGCACCUCUCUUUAUUGGCUUGAAAAAGUGUCUCAUGAUGUCAUCAAGAUCCCCAAGUGGUUGCCUCUGUCAGAAAUGCACCCUGUAGAUUAUUAUUCUUCUUAUACAAAAAACUGUACUGGGAAGUUUACAGACAAAGAAAUUAAGAACAUUAGAGCUUUUUAUUAUGCUAUGUGUGCUGAGACAGAUGCCAUGCUUGGUAAAAUCAUUCUGGCUCUUCGCCAGCUAGAUCUCCUUCAGAAAACCGUCGUCGUGUACAGUUCGGACCACGGCGAGCUGGCCAUGGAACACCGACAGUUUUAUAAAAUGAGUAUGUACGAAGCCAGUGCCCACGUUCCACUUCUAGUGAUGGGACCAGGUAUUAAGGCCAAACUACAAGUGUCAAGUGUAGUCUCUCUAGUGGAUAUUUACCCUACUAUGCUUGAUAUCGCUGGGAUUCCUGUACCUCAGAACCUAAGUGGAUACUCUCUGUUGCCGUUAUCAUCAGAACCGACUAAGAAUGAACAUAACUUUACAAACUUCCAUCCACCCUGGAUUCUGAGUGAAUACCAUGGAUGCAAUGUGAAUGCUUCCACCUACAUGCUUCGCACCGACCGGUGGAAAUACAUAGCCUAUUCUGAUGGUGUUUCAGUAUCGCCUCAACUGUUUGAUGUUUCUUUGGAUCCAGACGAACUAACAAACAUCGCUGCGAAAUUUCCAGAAAUCACUUCUUCUUUAGAUCAGAAGCUUCGUUCUAUUGUCAACUACCCUAAAGUUUCCGCUUCUGUCCACCAGUACAAUAAAGAGCAGUUCAUCAUGUGGAAACAAAGCGUGGGCCAAAAUUACUCAAAUGUCAUAGCAAACCUCAGAUGGCACCAGGACUGGCUAAAAGAGCCGAGGAAGUAUGAAAGUGCCAUCGAUCGGUGGCUUAAAGCCCACACCACUCCAAACACGCGUGAAGAAAAGUAAGAAAUGAAUGCUCUAGGGCCACACAGAAAUAUGUUAAUAUGUAUUUUUUUUUGGUACCAAGAAUUGAACUCAAGGGACCUUGCGCUUGCUAGGUAUCACUUAUGCCACUGACCGAAAUCCCUGGCUCCCACUAAUAUGUAUUUUAAACUGAAGUUUGAGUACUGAUUUGUAGCUACUUCUACAGAAUUACCCACUCCUAAAUUGAAUGGAAGUAUCAGAAGGAUGAAAACAAAUAAUAUUGAAGUUAUGUUUCUCUAAUAUAGUUUAUAAAAUAUUUUUAUGAUUUUUACUUACUAAUUAUAGAAUAGCUAUGUAUUUGAUGGUUGAGGGUAUUUGCUGGGCGAAUUAAAGAGUGUUAAAGGUGACCUUCCAGGCCUCACCCCAUACCUACUAGCUUAGAACUCUUAGGAUGCAAGUGAGGUGCUACUCGUACCGUUGUUUUGUUAGUUAAGGGCUGACAGCCUGACAUGAAUUUAUACCUCGUGUUCAUUGUUUGAUCAAUUAUUGUUAAUACUGUUUUAAGUGUAUCUUUCAUUACAUCUUUUGAGUGUUUCGAUAUACAUACAUAGCUCUCCAUAUUGCUGUGUACUAAGAUACCUUACUGCUUACAUUAGCCUUUCAAUUGAUAUUUUAUAUUUUCCUUGCAAAUAAAAGGCUUAUCUGUAAAUAAUAA